AUAGUAGCCUGGGAUUUCACAUUUGUGGGAGGGUAUUCAUGCAAGAAGUAUAAACAACAAUUUGAAGGGUAUAGUAUUUCUCCUUUGUUUUCUCCAUUGCCUUCUUCGAUCACCAGAGAAGAGGGAAACAGGCAUAAGCUCUUCUUCCUCCUCCUCAACAGCAAUUCUCCUCCUCCUCCUCCUCAACAGCAAUUCAGGAAGCCAUCAAACUUGCCAUUUCGAUACAACUUCAUCCAUGGUUCAGAUCAAGGAAUUUCGAAUUGUCAUGCCUAUGUCGAUGGAAGAGUAUGAAAUAGGGCUCAGCUACACCAUCAUGAAGAUGGAGCAGCAAAACACGAACAGCAAGGAAGGUGUAGAGGUACUGCAGCAGGUCCCAUUUGAGGAUGAGAAACUUGGCAAGGGCCAAUUCACAUCAAAAGUAUAUCAUUUGCAGAGCAAAAUUCCAUCUUGGAUGAAAGGCUUCGCUCCGGCAAGUGCUCUCACUGUGCAUGAGGACUCCUGGUGUGCAUUUCCGAAGAGUAGAACAGUGAUCAAGUGCCCACUUUUCAGCAAGUGUUCAUUGACCAUCGACACCGUAAAUAGACCCGACAAUGGUUGCUCUGAGAAUGUGCAUAACUUAAGCAGUGAGCAAUUGGCUGCAAGAGAAGUCGAGGUCAUCAGCAUCGCAUCGAUGUCGCGAGACUACUGGAGUAAGGUGAUCGGCGCUCCAAAUAUCGACCUGACAGCCUUCAAGUCACAGAGAACAGAGCGAGGCCCUCUUCUGAAGGGGUGGAUGGAUUCAUGCCGUCCGGUCAUGACCACGUACAAGCUGGUGAUCAUGGAUGCUCCUAUCUGGGGCGUGGGCGAACGGAUCGAAGACUGCAUCAUCGCGGGGGAGAGGGCGUUGUUCCUGGCAUGCCACCGGCUGUGCUUCGCGUGGAUCGACGAGUGGUACGGCAUGACCAUGGAGCAUAUCCGAGAGAUGGAGCGGCAGACCGACAUGCUGCUCAAGAAGACGCUGAAAAAGCCUGCGAAGGCCGGGAAUAAGCACGAGGGCAAGAGGAAGACCCUCAAAGAUGAAAUCGCCGUGGGGAGCUGCACGUAGCAACUCGGCACUCGGCUGAAUCAUACCAGAUGUGAUUCCUUAGGACUGAUGGUGUGAGUGCAGCAAGGUAUAGAAAUCAGCUGUGCUGUACAUGGGACAGAUUUGGAGUGUACAUGAAUCUGGCAAAUUUAAUAACUGUGCAUAACUACAUAUGCAUCCA